AUGAUUGAUUCACUGAAAAAAAAUGAAAAACUCGUUCGGGAAUUGAAGCAUUUGGACAAUCAAAAGUGUCGCGAAACUCAUAAAAUUGCUCUCAUAUAUGUUGGACUCAAUCAAGAAGACAAAUUAAGUAUUCUGUCUAACAAGCAAGGAAGUCCUGCUUAUGAAGCAUUUUUGCAAGCACUAGGAUGGAAGGUUGAUCUGAAAUCUCAUAUGGGUUUCUCCGGGGGUUUACAAGCGAAUGGAUCAAAUGGAGCCUUUGCGCCAUAUAAUGCUUCUUCUAAUAAUGAAAUUAUUUUUCAUGUUGCUACUAUGAUGCCUGGUGAUGGAGAAGAAGAACAACUUCGCAAGCUUAGACACUUGGGGAAUGAUGAAGUUCAUAUAAUUUGGUCCGAACAUAUUCGCGAAUACAGACAUGGAAUUAUUCCGACAGAAUUUGGUGAUGUUUUGCUUAUUAUUUAUCCUCUUGAAUGUGGUUUAUAUCGCGUUCAAAUAAAGCAGAAAUCUAAGAAUUAUUAUUUUGGACCACUUUAUGAUGAAACUGUUGUAGAUUCCAUUAAACUCCCUGGUCUCAUCAAACAUACUGCAGUCAAUGCCAGCAGAAGCCUGCACUUACAAGAAAAUUUUUAUGAACCUUAG